UGCAAGUUCCUCAAGCGCAGAGAGAACUCUACAAGAGACACACAUGACGGGAGGAGAUCAACCCAAAUGACACGAUGAUGCCACCAUCAUUGAGUUAUCUGCUGCUCUAGAAACCUGAGACCUAUCGGCUGUAUCUGAGAUAUUUAAGGCGUGACCAUAGAGAGGAUCUGCGUGGAUCUGGUGGACAGUGAAUGGGAGUAAAUAGACAAGAGGAGGCGUAAGAAACGAAGGAGUAGCGGCUUCUGCAUCGUGCAUUUCUUUGCGUGUAACAUUUCGCAGGAUUUUGUUACAGUGCAGCAAAACGUUGCGCACGAAGGGAUCUGGAUUACUGGAGGGAGAGGCGGAAAACUGUAGUUUUACGGAGACAUGAAGAAGAACAGUUCAACAAAGCAGGGCCCUCAGGAUGCCAAUCAACAGCCUGCGCAGCCCGACAAAACUGGCUGGAUUCGCAAGUAUUGUGGCAAAGGAAUUUUCAGGGAAAUUUGGAAAAACAGAUUUGUUGUGUUGAAAGGAGACCAACUCUACAUAUCUGACAAAGAGGUUAAAGAUGAGAAGAAAAUCCAAGAAGUGGUGGACCUCACAGACUACGAGAAAUCUGAGGAGCUUCGCAAAGCCAAGAGCAGGAGCAAGAAGAACCACAGCAAGUUUACACUACUGCGAUCCCGGCAGCCAGGCAACACGGUCCCAAAUCUGGUGUUUUUGUCUGUCAGUCCAGAGGAGAAAGAGUCAUGGAUCAAUGCUUUAAAUGGAGCGAUCUCCAGGGCCAAGAAUCGCAUUUUGGAUGAGGUGACGGUGGAAGAGGACAGCUUGCUGGUUCAUCCGACACGCGACAGAGCUAAGAUCCCCCACACUCGCCGUCUGCCUACCCGCGGGCACCUCAUGGCUGUGGCUUCUACCACUAACUCGGACGGCAUGCUAACGCUUGACCUCAUUCAAGUAGAAGACGUCCACACACCAGAAGGACAAAACACUUGUGAGGACCAUCUUGACAAUGCUUCGACUAAAAAGACCCCAGAAUCUCAGCACUCCAGUAAAGACACUUCAAAGCUCUCAACCUGUAAUGAUUCCCCAGGAAAAUCUCUGAGUCUGCCCCACAAGAGCGAAAGCACCUGGGACUGGUCCGAGAGCCAGUCUCGGACACCACAGCUCCGCAAAAAAACACCAACAUCCGAAAAGAACCGCUGCGCAUCCAUGGACACGAUCCUGGCGCACUCUGAGACUAGGGCCAUCCCUCACUGCUCGAACUCGGCGCCCGUACAGCCCAUCAGCCAACUGCAGGAACUGAUCACCCAGAAGUUGGAGAGAACUCAAGAGCUGCUGACGGACAUGCGGGUGCAGGGCAAGGGGAAGGACUCGCCAACAGGGAAGAGCUCCAGCCCAGAGGGGCAGAGGAAGGAGGCGGAGAGACUGCUGGAGGAGGCGGCAUCCACGUGGGGUCAGGCACGUGAUGUGUUGGAAGAAGUGAAGGAACUCAGAGCUCUCUACAAGCAGCUUGACUCCGCCUCCUCCACCACAGUCAGUCCGUCACAGAGCGGAAAACUAAAGAGCCCGCAACAACAAAACCAUCGGAAAAGCAUGAUGUGAAGAUAUGGACUAUCUAAAUAGGAAUGCACACAGAAAGACUUCAAAGUCCUCCAUGUUUUUCAUCAACUGCAAUGAAGCAAAGCGUCUUUUUAAAUGGAAUGUUCCAUGCGACUGCUUAAAUAUGACUGGAUUUAACAUCAAAUGAAUUACAUGAGCCAUACAUGUAUCUAUGUAUGAAUUUUUAAAGGACAAAUCUAGUUUCUUUGACUCCCUAAUAUCAGCCUCAGUCAAGUAGAUAAAACACAAGCUGUUGCGCAUUGCCCUGUGGUAUCAGUUUUCACAGUGACUGUAACAGGGACAGCAAGAGCAUGAAGUCACCGAGCUGCCCUAUCAGGGUAGAACAGGGUGAGAAGCACCAGACGGUGUUGAUACAGAUACAGCCCGUGUCAUCUCCUGCCCAUCACAAUGUGAAUGUUUUCUUGUCUCAUAAUACACUGGAGGAGCUUAAUUUCAAAAUGGCAGGUGACACCCAAGUCUAUUUGAAUCUGUGGGUAAUUUUUUAUGUAAUAGUAAAUCCCAGCACACUUGCUCUGCUGUCCAAACGAUGCUUGAAACAACCAAGUUCAUCAGAUGCAAUCGGGGUGCAGCCAAAGGUGAUUGGCGAGGUUAUGAUAUUUAAAGGCUAAAACGUGCAGAUUGUGGAGUGUGUGCUGUCCGACAGUUCUUUGCAACCCGUUUGAUAGGCUCUAACUCUGAACAAAGCCAUGUGUUCUUGUAUAAACAUGAAUACAGGUGACGUCUGGUGCCAGUGUUGCUGCGGAAAGUGGUGGGAGACACAGAUGCCAUUAAAGAUAAGACUCCAUGCAGUAAAGUGGCUGGACGCAUCUAGCUGCAAGAAAACAAUUGAUAAUAAUAAUAAUUACACAUUUGCACUAAGAAGAAUGCUGUAAAAUGAGAGAGACACUGGCAAGCGAUCUUUUACUAACCUAAGAGGCAAAACAGACAAUCUACUGUAGGUAUAGGAUAAUAAGUCUUUACACCUAAGUGAUAUUUCCUAAAAUGUCGGUAUCUUUCUAAAUCAAAAGCUGCCUUAUUGCACUUCCAAAAGGGCACAUACAAACUGCAUUUAAAACUCUCAAAGACUUGUGAUUUUAAACUUAAAAUAAAUUCACCUACAAGUUGCCUGCACUUCAAGAAUGUUAAACAAUGUUUAAGCAGGACUUUUAUUUUGCUUGCAAGCUUUUUUGUCUUUGGGGAACUAUGCAAGAUAGCAUGGGUGAAUCUCAUAAAAUAUGUCAAGAACAUGUCUGGGUCAUUUUGUGCACCAAAAUUGAAAUAAACAAGGAAUUGUAUUUUUCUUAAAGAAAUUAAGCCUUUUUUAUGACCGUUUAAUUUUUUGCUACAUCUAAUUGUCAUGAAUGUCACAAUGCAAAAAAUCGAAAUGGUCCUAAAAGAGACUUUGUUUUAUUUAUAAAAAAAUAUAAUUUCUUAAUUUUGAUAUACAUUUUGGAGUAAAAUGCGACCAGGACACAUUUUCGUGAGAUUCACCAACAUAUGAGCUUAAAAUAAACCACAGGUAUCAGGACAUACUGGCAGUGUGGUAUUGAAACAAACGACCAAAGGGUAUGUCUUGCCAGAAUACCACACCUUGUUUUACAGUUAGUUGCUAAAUAAUGUGUUUGCACAAUUCUAUGGGUACAAGCCUGCCUGUUAUGCCAUGAAGACUUGAUUAUAUACAGUGUUAUAUUUUUUUUUACAUUUUAUUGUAGUGCUUUUUUUUUGUAGAGAAUGACUUUGAGGAGAGUUUUUGCUUUAAAAAUGUAUGACUUAGAAACCACCUCCCUGAAAACAACCUCAGCUUAACUCAACCAGUUAUAAUGUCUGGAAUCAUAAAUAUAUAUAUAUAUAUAUAUAUAUAUAUAUAUAUAUAUAUAU